UCGUUUGCUUUGCUUGUGUUUUCGUUGGGCAUGGAGUUGGUUUUCAUCCUCGAGCGUUUUUAAACGUUCCCCUCUAUUUUUGAAAAAUGUGGUGGCGUGCACGUCUAUAAUGGAUAAAGAAGUCGAAUCCUACAGUGGCCUAGGCCAAGAGACUGUAGAACACAAGAAUAUGCAAAUAAUUGAACAGUAUGCUUCAUUCCUCACCACCUCUGAUGAAAAGUACCGCAAAAUUCAUGAGAAAGCUUUCAAUUUGGAAAUCAAAAGAUAUGGGAAUGAUUUCAUACAACAGAUUCUAACGGACAAUGAUCAUCUAAGGAAGUCCAGAGAAAAGCUGCUGGAAAUUUGCAGACCUCUUGCCCAGCAAAAUAUGGAGUAUUCAAAACAACUACAAGACUUGAAGAGGCAGUGCGAAAACGCGAAUCAAAUGUGUACAGCAUGGCAGCAUGCGAAAGAUCAGAUGUAUCUCCUUUACAAGGACACUCAAAAAGAGUUGGCAGAAAAGUCGCAGAAGUUGGAUCUGGUUGAAAAAAGCUUAUCUCAGUUGAAAAGAUUGAAGGGACGCAGGAAAAGCGUGAAAACAAAAUCAACGAAAACAAAUGAAGGCUCCUCCGAUGAUCUUCCAAAUAAGGACUCAAAUCCUCAGCCAGAAUCUAAGUCAGAUCUAUCAGAACAUGAGCCUAGGACAUUACGCAAUAACUCUAAACGGAUUGGGUAUGCUGAAUCGAGUGACAAUGAUGCCACUUCGGAUGAAGAGCUGGAUUUGUGUGAAGUCAUAAGUGCCUGGAAUAUUAAAAAACCGGAUGAGGCCAUGCCUAUGGUUCCAAUCUCCAGUCCUAGUAAGAAACCCUCCAGCUGUGAAAAGAAAUCAGUAACCUCCAACUCCUCUGCAUUAGGUCCACCAACACUUGGAAAAAAUCAAGCGAUCAAAAAAAUGAAAAAAACCAGAAGGAAAAAGAUCUCAUCUGUUAAAGAGGAGGAGUCACUGCCAGAGCCAAAUCUACCAUUAGAUUGUAAUGAAAAAUCCAACUCCUGUGAUGGCUCUCUAUGUGCAGAAGAUGUGAAUUUUGAGGCGGAUAUGGAUUUAAAUUGUGAUUUUAGUAUUGCAAGUCCAGAACUGUCACCAACAAAAACUGAUUCACCCAAAAGCAAAUUCACUACACCUUUCAUCACAUCCGCAAUUUCACCUGAGCCAAGCCCUGAAAUUAAGUUACCAUUUAAACUACCUAAUCCAAGCCCUUCUAAACAAAUGAAGGAAAAAACGUUAUCAACAAGGAAAGUAUCCUCACCACCCCCAGUUCAACGAAAUCUACGACCCAGAAAGUCUGGAGUCACAACCAAGAACAGCACUUCUCCAGAAAAAGUGGAAAACAAAGUCAUUGGCACAAAGUUAUCAUCAGAAGUUGCCAAAAGUAAGUUAGAAACUUCCAAAUCGAAAGUUUACCCUGAGUAUGAAACGAUUUUCGAUGACCUGUAUGUCUCAGAUUCAGAUUCAUCAGUCAUACAUAAUUCUGUGGCUUUGUGUCAGGAACCUUCAGACUCACCCACAAUGUCUACCAAGGAAUCUAAUGUAGUUGCUGUAGACAAAUCAAGAGAUGUUGAGAGAAGUUCUGUGUGUCUAUUGCUUACAAGCACCAGUAGAAUGUCAGACUGCUGUGAUUCAUCUGACAUCAUAAAUUCAAGUGAUUCAGAAAAUGAUGAUGACAUUUGCCCUGAAAAUGAUGUCUCAACUGCGCCCAAGAGUUUUGAGUCUCCAAAUUCAUCGUCCCUUGAUGUAAAUUUGGUGAGAACCCUUGAGACGAGGGUAAAAUCAAGUGAAGAAAUAUGUCCUACCACUCAUUCUAGUACCUUAAGUGACUCCUCUGACUUAAUGGAUUCUUCUGAGAAGUUAUUGUCAAAUGCCACCAAUAGUUCAACUUCUAGCAAUGAAGUCCUGAAGCAUCCUGUAUUACCCACAGAAGUCACUCCAGCUCCAACACACCCAUUCGGCAAAAGUAGAACACUCAGUGAAUCCAGUUGUGAAACGGACCAGAUUCAAUCUGAGAAGAUGAUGCUGAAUCCUGUCAAUAGUUCAGACCCUAGUACCCUGCCGCAUCCUUCAUCCUGUACAGAAGUCAGCUUUGCUCUGAUGCACCCACCCAGCAGUAGCCGAACUCUCAGUGAAUCCAGUUGCGAAACAGAUGAUUCAAAUAACAAAUUGAAAACCAAAAUUGCUGUUCAUAGAAAAGUAAGAAAAUGCCGGAAGGUAACAACCAAAAAAGAUACGCAAGAAAAAGAUGAGCCAGUAAGUCCCUCAACAGACAAAUCUGAAAAAUUGCCACCAUUAGAAGUUCCUGUCAAUCUGUCAACAACUCCAGAAAGUGUUAGUGAGUUGAUAGAAUCAAAAUCAAUGUUUGAUCCUCCAGAAGUAUCAAGCAUCAGUGAUUCGGACUCCGCUGAAAAUAACCGAGCCGUAACCGAAGGCGUCUCUACCCCAGAAAGUGAUGAAAAUCAAACUGGAAAUGAUCAUGAAGUUGAGAAAAACAUAGAAGAAAUUUUACACUUUGGUCAUGAGUCCAUGUUGAAGGAAGGAAAUGUCAUAACACCUGAAUCCAGUUGUGAAAAUAGUGAAACACCAAUCCAAAGCACUGAUGAAACUAAGUCAACGGAAUCUGAACAAGUGAAUCUUGAAAAACAGCACUGUAAAGACAGCGUAGUGGAGGCUCACCCUCCACCAGUAGCUGUUGAGAAUUUUACAUCUGAACUUCAAUUGGAGAAAUCAGAAAAAGAAGAAAUUACAGAGACUUGCGAAAGCUCAAAUGGAAAUGCCAUCAUAAACGAAGCAUCCGAUGAACCUUUGGAACAAGCUAAGUCACCAGAGCCUGUCUUUGAUGGGGUUAUUGAUGCUACUAACUCUUGUAAGAAUGACUUCCCCCGACCAUUCUUGGGAGACAUCCAUUUUGGAGCGCAAGGUAUGAGUGCGGCACCUACGCCACCAGAUGACACUGAAUUGAGUUUUAUCGGCUCUCCUGAUAUUGUUACUCCACCUGUGUCCCCCUUACGCAACUAUACUGUACAAAUGUCACCACCUCUGUCACCCAUAACUGGAGACAGUCCUCUCGUUGCUGCCUCUACUCCAUCGCAGACAAAAAAAAAUUCCACACAAAAACCUUUCAAUGUGAAACGGAUACAUAUGUUUUCUCCACGUCCAGAUGAUAUGAGUGACUGUGAAGAUAUGCUCAUCAUGGAUUUAGAUAUCAAUAAUGAAGAUUUAGUUGAGGCAAGUUCUGUACAAGUGGAUGCUGGCACAGAAAUUCGGGAAGCAGAUGAACUCAUGGAUGAUAUGAAUUCAGAUGAAGAUGAUAUCUUGAACCUUGUCCAUGAGGAAUUCAUCUGUCGUAAAUUACUAUCACCCCUACCUUUAAAAGAGCCACCAUACGAAACUAGUCCUGUUAGGCCGACCAAGAAAACGUCUGAAGCCGAUGAUACUCUGGAAGUAAAUUUGGUUAACAAAAGCAAAAAAUGUGAAGCAACUGAUGUUCAUUUAGAUAAUAGAAGCAAUAAACCUGUGGAGAAAAAACCAAAAACUUCCCGAACAACUGUUAAACAGCGGCUAGCUUCUAGGUUGAGAAAUCUGCAUCGUAUCUCUAAUAGUAACCUGUUACUGAAACGCUCAUCACAAAGCUUUCAAUCAACUCCAGGAAAUAAACCAAAUAAUCUAGUCCAAAAACACCUAUCUGAAGAACCGAUGCACAAAAGGAGGAAAACCAGAUCAUCUCCUCGUAAAACUGAAACUAAUGAGCUUGCCAAUGAUGCCAAAUGUGAAGAUGUUUCAGACAAUAAUGACAUUCAAAAAUGUGUACCAUUGGAAAAAGUAUCAAAAGAACAUAAAAUUGAGAAAAAUGGCAGGAGUGAAGCUGAUCUGAGUAGUAAUGCUAGCAGUAAGUUAAUUAAUUGUAUAAUGAAUAACUCCUCGAAGUUUAAAACUCAAAAGGAGGUAAUAGCAGCCAGUACAACAAAUGUAAAACCAGUAGUCCCUACAAUUUCUAUUAUGGAGUGCUCUAAUAUAGAAUAUUUCAGUGAAGUCUCUAAUUCUGAAAUAACGGAUCAAAAUAAUGAAAGAAUGAAGGAAAUCAAACCUUCUCUCCGCAACAUCCAAAUUGUAGAGCCUGCUUCCAUGGAUAAUCAUCAACAGGAAAAAGGAAGUGAUGUUCAGCAAAGUAUCUCUCAAGAGCAAAUAUCAAAACACAGCUCAGUCUGUGCAACUAGCAGUAAUCAAGUUGAUCAAAUAAGUAAUGCUAUCAUAAAGUCAAAAAGUAGCAUAGAAAUUGAUCAUCCCGAGUCAAAAUCUUCAUGUAAAACUAAGAACAUCAGCACAUUGAAUGACAAGGAUGCAUGUAGUUUGAUUUCAGACACCAAAUUCAUGAACUUGGAACAUGCAAGUCCAAAAACUGAUUUUGAAACUUCAAAUUCAAAUGAAGGGAAAGUCGGAAGAAGUAGAUCUUCCCUGCGAAUAGCCAAAAGUAUUGGGUCUACGUCCGUUGAAAAUUGUCAAGGUAGAGAACAAAAUCACGAGUUUGAACAACUUACCUCAACAGGAGAAGUUUCAAAAGGAAGUUCUGUUGGUUUGAAUUAUUCGAAUCAAGUGGAUCAGAGUAAUCCAUCUCAUGUUAAGACUGAUAAUAGUAUAAGCAAUAAUUACUGUAAUAAGUUGGACUCUCUCAAUGAAAUCACCCAAGCAACCUCAACGAAUUUUGAAAUUCCACCAGUAUCCAUUUCAGAAAACAAUCGGUUGAACUCAGAAUAUUCUAAAAAAGUGACUGAUUUUGUAACUACAGACAAAAUUCCUGAAAGACCCAAAGUUUCGGCAUCUUCUGUGCUUGAAAAUCUAAAAAAGCGAAUAAUAUCAGAUUCAGAAGCUUCAUCGGAGUCUUAUAAAUCCGAACGUAAUUGUUUGUGGACAAUGUUUAAAUUCUACAAAGAGGAUCAUUGCCAAAAAGCUGUGGAGGUUGAAGAUAUCAAGAAAGUAGAGAAACCUCUACCUUAUCCAAAUAGAUACGCAAUGCAAGAAAAAGUGGAAGCGAUGUUAUGGAAAUUAGCAGAGCCAUCGGAAAAUUGGUCGACAUUAGCUUCAACAUGCGCUACUCAAAUGAAGAAUUUCCAUGAAAAAUUAAUUGUCAACUCAAUUGUCAACUGCAUUGCAACGGAUGAAACGGAUUUCAAUGAGGCUCUAGAGCCACAGUUGACUUCAAUGCAGCAAUUACUAGUGGUAUUUUGUCAUAGGCUUACAUCUUCACAUCACCCUACCUUGAUAGAAACUCUGCUUAAAACCAUUGAAUGGAAUCUCUUCAUUUGCGAGGAUCGCACAAAAGAAGUUGGCUCGAAGGGGAAAAAAACAAAAGCUCAAAAAGCUAGACUCCAAGCAGAAUUAGAGUUGCAGGUUCAAAAAGUUGCAAAUCUGUCGGCAUUUUUUGUACUGAUUUGUAAGUCUUCAAAUAAUCUACGCCGUUGUCGAGCUUUUAUUUAUGAUGCUUUGUACAUGUCGGUCAACAGAGCACAUCUGAUUAUCAUCUCAGUUUUAUCAUUUUGGCCCCGUGUGCUUCCUCUAGCGAAGAAUUCAUCAGAAUGUCCUGUUACCAUGGUCAUGGUCUACGAAAUUUUUAGUCACAAAUCGUGCAGCCAAGAUGAUACUUUCAAAGUUACAGAAUUGAAAAAUCUCCUCCGACUCCGUUACGGAUAUUCUGAUCCUAUAUUUGCCCAAAUAACUCGAGAAAGUAUCAUUGCAACUCUGUUCUCAAUGUUGGAUCGCCCAGGCUGUGUUGAAGCAUUUGUUCUUCUUGCCAAACGAGGGCAGUGGAGGUGGACUGCUUCGAAACUGGUUUUUGGAUUCCUCUUCCCAAUAUUAGAAGACUUUAGAAACAAAAAAAUUGGAGAAACCAAGGCCAAAACUGCUAUUAAAAUCAUUGGCCUUGUUGCAAGAGCUUUUCCUCCAGGUGAAGCGUGGCUAGAAACAAAGAAAAUAUUAGAGUACUUGGAACAUUUGCUGCUGGACAGCACACUUGGUGGAGCAUGCUUCAAGGAGGCAAUUGCAGUUAGUGUUGCUCAGCUGCAUAGAUCGGAUCCAGAUAUUACUUUCUCCAUUUUGUCUAAAUGGAAUUCGCCUGACAAAAAAUUAUCAAUAGAAUUUUUAGAAAAUGUGAAAUCUUUGUUUUAUGGCAAAGCACUUCCAGAUUGGUAUCAGAAUUUAUCUAAAAUAUGUUUAUAAUGUUUGAUAAUAAGUUCAAGUACCUGAAGUUGCCUUAAAUGGAUCUGGAUGUGAGAGUAGUCCUAGCAUUUAAUUACUUCGUAUCUUUAACUUAAAUUUUGCCAAUUCCUUUUUCCUCGAACUAAGAAAAUACUUAAAUUUUGUUCAAUACUUUUCCAUCCCUGUACAUCUGCAAGAAAAUAUGCAAAUCAUAUAUUUUUAUGUCUUAGAGUAUGAAUAUUAUUUGAUUUGGACUAUUUUCAUCGCUUGGUCCCUUUUUAAUUAUUUUUUAAAAUCGGAUUGGAUAAACCCAAUCCACCCUUGGGAUGGAAUUAUUUUUAGUUUUUGACUACCUUGUCAAAAAUAGAGUAAGAAUAUAAUUUCUACUAUCAUUUUUUCUUAUUUUUUUUAGCUAUUCUCAAUGCUUGGUCCCUUUUUUUUAUUUUUUUAUAAUAUCCCAUUGGAUAAACCCAAACUACCUUUGUGAUGGUAUUAUUUUUAGUUCGUGAUCACUUUUACUCUAGAUCCUUUCCUGCUAGAUAUAUUUACUUCGGCACCUCUUUUUAUCAAUCAUCAGACAUGAGUUCAAGUUUAGAUUUCUCCAGUAGAUUGAUAAUGUAGCAACGUUAUCCUCGCGAUAUCCAAUUUGUUGAUUUGCGAUGGUUAAAACCAAAUCAGUAGAUCAUGACUUUAUGUCAAAAUUCUGUGUGAGUUAACUGUGUUAGUCAUUUACAACUUGUUCUCUAUUGAGUCAUAAGUCAGUAAAUGAUACAUUAUCAUCAGAAGUUUUGUUUGCAAAAAACUUAUAAACACAUUUUACCACCAUUCGGCAAAUAUGACAAGCGAAUGUGUGUGUUUGUAUUUGAAACAUCAAGACUGAUUGUGAGGUAUAAAUCUAUGACGCAGCCACCAAACCCUUAUAUGUAACCCCUUCUGUGUCUGCUGAAAUGGUAUAUAAAGCUCUUUUAGUCAAUUUAAGUUUAAUGCCUUUUUCAGAAAACUCAGGAUUAUAGUUCUCCAUUAAUUCAUUAUCUGUAAACAAUUUGUAUGUUCCUUAUCCUUUUUUUAUGUUUAAUUGUAAUGGAUACAGUAGUAAGUCCGUAAAUAUUUGAAUAUAAUAAUUUCAAUAAGUAAAUAUUUUUACUACAUCGCGGAAUAUAACUGAAAAAGGUCCGCACCAAUUACUGACUAUGCCUUUUUGCAAAGUGCUAACUUUUUCAGGGACUAUCGCAUCUUUAUGUUUAUUCCUUGAUAGCCUACCCAAAAAGUUUAAGUGAGAGCUUCCUACCCAGUGCUAGUACAACCUGCAGUUAUUUCUUUCUCAAGGAAGUUAUGUGAAUUUAGUUGAUUUUGAUUUUCUAGUGAAAGAUUUUUCAAUGAAAACUCUGAAUAUCAGCAAUUGCAGGUCUGUAUGUCAAAGUUGCACAAUUUUAUGUUAAAAAAAUUGGAAAGCAAUGUCUGAACCUGCUGGUCUCAAUUUUAUAAGUAACAACAGGGGAGAGCUAGUGACUGGUUUGGGGUAAUGUUUAAGAGUUGAAACGCAGGUAUAUCGGCAUAGUCAAAGAAUCCAGUCUUGCCGACGUCGAUCAAUUUUUAUACAAUAGAUCGAGCUGCUCACCUUACUCAGCCCCUUAGCUGUUACAUUUCGUUGUAAUUCAUAGUAUAUUUUCUGCUUUGGCACUGGCUGUUACGUGUCUAUCAUUACAUUGUGAGUGAAAAAGUUCAAAGUAACAAGAAAGGCAUUAUAUUUUCCUGGACUUUAUCCCGGCUAACAGCAGCAGCAGUACAAAGUUUUCUUUGUUCAUUUUGUUUUACUUGGGUCAACCUUUUUACAAUUUGCUUACUCUCUACAUUUAUGUUGAGAAUAUGCAGCAAUUUUUUCAUCCGGUGUUCAGUAGUGCUUUACGGCUUUUUUCCAAACUUUACUCCAGUUUGGUGUAGAGAAUUCCAAAAAGAAAAGAGAAAUAAUUAUUUCCCUCGUGAGCAUAACCCGUGUAUUUGCAACUUUCGAAGUAACUGGUAUUUUCCAUCUAAAAUAAGUUUAUCAUUUUAUUUCACUUUCACCUAGCCAGUUGUCUAGUUUUAGUUUCUCGAGUCUUAUGCUGCAUUUUUGUUCGAAGCAAAAUUUGAUUUCAACAAUUGCUUGUCAUGGAAUGUAAAAAUGUAUGAUGUCUGUUUAUAAUGUAAAUAUUUAUUAUGAGCCAUUUGGUUUGAAGAUAAAUCUCUGUUACAUUGUUUUGCUGUUUAUUUUUUGUUACAAAUUGAAAUGGAAAGAUGAUAUUACAAAUAUUUCUUUAAAAAAAA